CUGGCGGCCAUUCCGCGCUGGGCUACCUCCGCGAGCGGAUGUAUUAUAAGUUCGCGUGAAAUAAAAUAUUAGAAAAAUUUACAUAAAAUAAUGAAACGUUGCUGCGCGUACGGCUGCAAAGCAAAAGGCGGUCCCGGAACCAAAUUCUUCAAUUUCCCGGCGUGCAAGCAACGAGCGAGAGAUUGGUUACGAGCUCUAAAUCGGCCAGACAUCCUCGCCGACCUCAAUGAAGACAGACGCAACCUGCUAGACUUCUACUACGUCUGCGAAGCACACAUCAACAGGCGCAACAAGGACACAGGUAUCCCGGUCCUUCACGUUGUAAACAAAGGGACAUGUACGGACCAAAACACUAACACUGAAGAGAAAAGCACUUCAACGGACGAUCUGGUUGAGAUUAAACCUAGCAAAGGGACAUCGACAACCGAUCUGAUGAUGCGGAAUCUAAGCAGAACAUCUAUAGACAUCAUUGACAUACAGCCUACAGCUUACUACGUCCCUACACAACAUAAUGUUGCUUCUAAACCCUUAAAAAAACCUGCACCGAUUGUUUCAACGAAUACGCCUAGAACUGGAUACAUAGCUAAAGCAGGCGACAUUUUCAAAACGGCAAAGCCCGUUGAAAGUGCUGAAACCCCUCAAGCUCCUACACUAAGGAGUUUUAGAAAGAAUAUAUCCACAUUACCUACGAUAGCUGUUCAAAAACUGCAAACGGAUAAACCUGUAGCAACAGAUCAACUUCCAAAUAUACAAUCAUGUGAAAGAGUCAUUGAAAUUAACAAGACAGAAAUAAAAACUGAAGAGAAUGCAUUAGUACUAGACGAUAUUGUGACGGCUUUAUCAGAACGUCAAAGAAAUGGGGAGCAUUCAGAUUCAGAUUCACUUAUGGAUGGACGUAAAAUAACGUUUAAAGUUAAAAUGAGUUUGCCAUAUUUCUGUGUGGAAGAAGCAACAACAUCAGCUACCAGCAUUAAACGUGAACUUGAUGAUGAUGACAUAGAUGAAAUGGACAAUAACGUAAAAGAAAAGAGAACUAAACCAGAAUAG